UGAGCGGAAGCAAAACAGUUUUUUUUUUUUAGAGUGGAUUGAAUAAUUUAGCCAGGUCUCACAUUUGCGUUAACAUUUUUUAAAAUUUCGUUCUGUUUUUCAUUUAAUAGCUUAAGUAAUUUAAUAAUUCAGUAAUUUCAGUAUUUUUUUACACUUUGAUGUAGUAAAUUGGAUUUUCACUCAGUACUUUCUUCAAAACAGUUAAAAUGAUGUCUAAGGCUCCAAGGUGGCCUGAGGUCCUUGUGAACACUAAGAUUCAUAAACCUACACAAAAGAAAGCAGGAAAGGAGGCAUCAUCAUUAACAGUGCCCGUAUCUAGUAGAAGUAAACAGGCUGGCAGCAGUGCAUCGAAAGCUACUUUAAAUGGUCGAAGGAGUAACAGCGUCAGCAGCAGCGAUGGAGACAGUAAGGCUGUUGCCACUUUGAAAAGAAGCAGCCACAAAGGUCGUGGGGGUCAUUGGGCUUCCAGGCCGUCAUCUCAUCCAACCAGACCUGCUCUGCAGCUCUGUAGCAGCCGGAGCUUUUCAUCCCUCCACACCUCCUCCCUCACUAAUGCCCCGUUCAUGAGGAACAGUCGCUCUCUCAACAGACUUGACCAGAGGACAACCGGAGACGAAUCUGAUGUGGAUGCAAAGGCUCAGUUUAGGAAAAAGAAAGUCCUCGUUUCUGGAAAGCUGUCCUCUGAAGAGACAGUCAGGAAUAACAAAGAGCGGUAUUGUGGCGAUAAUGAUGAAAAGAAGGAAAUAAGCAGCUCAUCUGAAACGCUGGAAUCUUCUUCUUCUGAUCUUUCUAGCCGCGCAUGUCUUCAACCUGGUGGGAAAGUCAAGAAAGAGAACAAAGAGGGAGGGUACUCUCCAGUGACUACUGGGACUGGACGCAAUUUUAUGCAAACAGUGUUGAAAAAUAUGAGGCCCACACCUGUUGCUGUAAGCAAUCAAUUAGAACUGAACGCUAGGGACGUUUCUGAAGUGGAGCAUCAAGAUAACCGCUUGCAAGAGAACACAUGCUGUGACGGUGCAGAAGACUCAGAAAAACCAAAAGAAGUGAUCGAACUGCAGCAAACGAUGGAGGAAACUGCUGACAAAAGCUCUCUGUCAUCUCCCAGCCUGUCGCCCACCUCCUCACCCUGCACUGACUAUCCAUCGCCUAUUAGUCAAACACGGCAGCUGGAAGAUGGCAAAGAGGGCUCUACAUAUUCACCAUCAUGUGUGAUGCCGUCAUAUGAACAAGAGCAUCGCCCUUGUGAGGCCGAAAGAGAGCAACUUGUCAAAGAGCUGGAGCAAACGCAGAAGGAAUUGUCUCUGCUUCAACAGUUAAGCAGCAACCUGCAAAAUGAGCUACAGCAGGAGAGGGAGAGUCAUUUAAGAGAAAAGAAUGAGCUUCUAUUCAAUUCUAACUCGUCAUCAGAGCCAGCUUCGACACUGCAGCGACUACAGAAGAUGAACCAUGAACUCCGUGUUGAGUUGGAAGCACAAAAAACAAUACAGGAGGAAGCCAGGGAAGCUGAACUACGUCAGAGAGUGGACCUCUUGGCUCAACAAGCACAGCUACUUGUGACAGGGGAUGCAACAGCGCUUGCUCAGGCCCAUCUAGAGCAAGAACGUAGAUGUUUCCACGGGCAGCGGGUGGAGUGGGAACGUUCUGUCAGCUCCUUGAAGACCCAGCUGAGCUUCAGUGAGGAAAAGAGGAAAGAGUCAGAGCUGCGCAUAACUCACCUGCAGGAGGAGUUGUACAGUCACCAGGCUGUCAGGAAGGAGGCUGAGGAGCUGAAGAAGAAUCUCCAAGAGGCCACAACACAACUCCGCACCAAUGAGGAUGCACAAGCUCAAAAAGAAUCGCUCCUGCAGAAGCAUCUGAUGCUUCUUCGAGCUAGCCAAGACCGAGAACGGAAGAGUUUGACAGCCAGCUUGGCGCGGGCUGAGCAACAUUCGCAAGAACUUCAGGAGAGACUGGAAAGAACUGAGCAGCAAAUUGAGAGCCAAGAUAAGACACACAUGAGGAGUACGGACAUCGAAGACACCCAACAACAACUCCAAAAGGAGUUGGCUUCGUCAGUGGCUGCUGUGCAAAAGUAUCGAGAUGAAAAAGAGCAAAUUGAGCGACAAUGUCAAGAGCUGCAGUAUCACUUGUCAGAGGCUCAUGAAGAGGUGAGCAUGCUGCAGAGUAGCCUGACAACACAAGAGACACACUACCAAGACCUUAAACAUUCAUAUGAGAGCAUCUCAGAGAAACUGCUGGAGGCUUUGGAGAAGGCGCAGCAAAGGGAAGCUGAAACUCAGGAAAUGCGUGACAGUUUUGAGAGGCACCUUGACACCAAGGAGCAAGAGCUGAAUGAGGUUUUGCUGAAGAUGGAGGUCUUAGGUAAUAGUCUGGAGGAGACGGAAGCACACCUCAAUGAGAUGCUCAAAGUUUGUACGUGUGCCUCUUCUCACGAGGAGGACGAGUCUUUGGAGGCAGUGCUGCACACUGAGGUGAUAGUGGAGCCCCAAUUCCCAAGUGACAGCAGGUCAGAGGAAAGAGACGUGUUUUCUAGCAGCCCGAAUGAUCUGAACACCCAUCAUCGCGCAAGAGUCCGGUCCCACUCACUGGGCCCAUCGCACCAGUACGUCAUCACUUCAGGAGAUGACCCGGAACGGUUUACAACGGUGAUCCAGUUACUUGAAACAAAGCUUUUCGUAACAGAGGAGAAACUAAGGGAAAUCACCGAACGUUUGGAGGAACACCAGGACCACAAGACCUGCCAGGACCCCCAUCUUGACUCCCAGCUCACCCAAAGCCGAGGCUCAGCCCAGCAUCUCGCGCUGCCACUUCACAGCCGGACCAGGCAAAGCCAGCGCUUUGCUCAGGAGACGGAGAACAUUUGCAGGCUUUUGGCCGCUCGCUUUCAGCUUGCACUAAACAUCAUACAAAGCUGUCGAGAAAAACUUCAAACCAGCACCACAAUUGAGUUGACUGACUUUGAGAGGAAACUAUCAGCUGUUGAGACAUGUCUUCAGCAAGGACAGCAUGAUGCAGAAAAACAACAACAUGCAUCUUUUAAUGCCUACGAAGUGGAGGACAAAAUCCCCAGUGAUGUAUUGGCCGAAGCUGAGAGCAGCAUUAAUGCAAAUGGGGAACUCACCAACACAGUACAUUCAGAGGACAUCAUAAGUGUUGGGCAGUGCUUGAUGAGAGAAUUAGUGUUAGUUGAAAAAAUGCUGGCAGCCCUAAAGAGUUCAAAUGAGCAACUCAAGUUUUUAGUGCCAAGAAAAGAUGGUAUGAGUGUGGCACAAAGGUACAAACUCAUCAUCUCCCAAAUUCUGACCUUAAAUAAGACUAAUUUAGAGGGACGAGAAGAAAGCAAAGACCACAAAAUCAUCAUUAGAGCCUGUAUUGAAGCAGAGUUCAUUUAUACUGCCUUUAAAAUCCAGCAGCAAUAUCAGAAUGAGUCCCAAGGGUACAAAAGCGAAGGUCCUGCAGACACCAGCCCUCCAGAUUUCUCUUCCUAUGAAGGGCAGGAGAAUAAAGAGGAUGUGGUUUUAGAGUUAACAGCAGCUCUUCAAUCUGAGGACAUGCCACCUUGGUUCGAGCGACUUAUAACUAGGCUACAAAGAAGAGCUAAAGUUUUGGGCCAACUCAGUCAGGAGGUCACUUGUACGGUGGACAACUGUGAAACAGCCCCUGGAGUGGACCUGAACUGGAUGCAGGAGCAAGCAAAGCUGCUUUAUUUGACAGACAGGCUGUACUUAGAUUUGGAGCAGGAGCAGCAGCGAUGCGUAGUGUUGCAGGACAAACUGCAGGCUUUGUGCAAACAGCAGGUUGCCUCAUUAACGGAUGAGCGGGAGGCUUUUAAUCACACCUUAUGUGAACUCCAGAAGGACAACAGAGCAUUGAAAGAGGAACUGGAGCAUGCUGAGGACAAGAUAAUAUCCAUGGAGACCGGAAACCAGAGACUCCAGGAAAACAAACAGAGAAUUGAGGAUUACCAUAGGGAAAGAAUGCAAAAACUGGAAGCCGAGUAUCAAAUGAAGAUAAAGGAACAGAGGCAGAUCCACGAAGAGGAGAUGAAACAUUUGCAUGAACACCACAUGAGAUAUUUUGUUUCAAAAGAAAAACACACUGCAGACUGCAAAGACACGCCUUCAUUGCAUAAAGGCAGCUCAUCCCCAACAGAGCAGCAAGAAGCUUGCCUUGACUUUGAAAAUCAUCAGGUCUUCUGUGGUGAGCAUUUCACUGGCAUGGAGGAAAUGCACAGGAAGUUGAUAGCAGAGCUGCAGCAGCAACAUGAGAAACAAGUGGAAGAACUUCUACAGGAAAAGGAGCAGCUGAUACAGGAAGAGACAACUACCGCAAUAGCAUAUAUUGCUGCAAUGAGGAGAGUCCAUAAAGUUGACCCGGAGAGCGGUCGACAGCCUCAACAUGCGUAUGAGAGUGAUGAUAUCACACAGAUGCACAAUGAAUAUCAAAAGGCGAUGGUGUUAUUGAAUAAGGAGCUGGAGAUGUUGUCACUUCAGCACACUCAAAAAUGCCUCGAGAACUCUCAGCUGAGAGGCGAGCUACAAUUUGAGAGAAAUUUCUUCAGGAAGCAGAGAGAAAGCCCAGAGAUUAAACCAAAGCAGUCAAGUUUGCAGGCGAGGGAGACUGAGAUACACCUCCUAAGACAAGAACUAUUUUCUGUCAGGGAAGAGUUGAAGAUUGCCCGAACGAACAAGAUGAAGGACUUUUAUGAAAACAACCAUGCUGAUUCCAAUCAAGAUGUCAAGGCAAUAAGUGAAGAUGUUCGGUUUGCCAACCUGUCUUCCAGUAGAGCUGGACAAAAGCCUGAUGUCAAUGCUGCGAACAAAAACAACGCUGCGUUCGUGAAGAAAACUGACAAACCUUCUCUCCUGCGUCGGCUUAGAGCAGCAAGGUCAAAGAGUUUGAAAGAGGGCCUUUCUGGACAAGAAAGGAUGAAGCUGUUUGAUUCAUUUUGAUCAUCCAGGGAUGAUUUCAAUGCAAAAAUGUUGCACAUGCAUCCUAUACAGUGCAGCAAUGACCUGCUUUGCUUCCCAUUUGAAUAUGCAUUGUCUCUGUGUUUUACAGCACUGAAAGAAAAAAAAAAAAUGUGAUUAACAUAUUUUACCACUAGAUGUAGCAUGAUGCAAAAUAUUGUGACCUAACUGGACACCCACUUGUAAUACAGAAUUGAUACCACAACAGGUCACUAUCACCCAUACAUAAAUCAGAUGUACUGCAAUUGGCCUCAGAUAACCCUGAAUUGCACUGGAUGCAAUUUUGGGCUGGUCUUCCACUGAAAUAGUACCAAUAGUUUUAACAUAUAAAAGAGUAUGGGAUGGUGCGAUUCAUCGUCCACAUCAUUCAUUGUUAAUAUAACAAUUUUCAUAUAGAGCACUGCUUCUAACAGCUUCAGUUUAAAGAGAUUCAAUACAAGAGAUGUAUAGAAAAGUUGCCUUCACAAAGUAUUAAGCCUUAUUUUCAAUAUUAUAAUGAGCGCUUUAGCUGCAGGUUUUCAUAGUGUAAAGAUUUGAGAUAAUGUAUGGAAUCACAGAUUUAUAAUAAUUAACAAUUACAAUUAAUGCGAAUGUAAUAAAUCACUGUGCCCUUGCGAAGGUCCUGUUCUUGAAUGUUGCUCACUUCCAUGGAAUCACAUUUCUCAAGAGGAACAUCACACCUCAUUAAACCCUGCGCUCCUUUCCUGUGACUCCAAUGUGAGGAGUUCCAAUCAUGUGAGGCAACGUUUCCAAAAGAGCAACACAGGUUCUUAAUGCUAUCCAUCACGGAUAAUUCUACAGGGUGAACUUUUCUUGCUUAAAAUAACAUUCACACAACCAUUAUAUACAACCCCAAUUCCAAUGAAGUUGGGAUGUUGUAUUAAACAUAAAUGAAAACAUAAAACAAUGAUUUGCAAACCAUGUUCAUCCUAUAUUUAAUUGAAUAUACUACAAAUACAUUUAAUGUUCAAACUGAUGAACUUUAUUGUUUUUAGCAAAUAAUCAUUAACUUGGAAUUUUAUGGCUGCAACACGUUCCAAAACAGCUGGGACAGGUGGCAAAAAAGACUGAGAAAGUUGAGGAAUGUUCAUCAAACACAUGUUUGGAACAUCCCACAGGUGAAGAGGCUAAUUGGGAACAGGUGGGUGCCAUGAUUGGGUAUAAAAGGAGCUUCCCUGAAUUGCUCAGUCAUUCACAAGCAAAGAUGGGGCGAGGUUCACCUCUUUGUGAACAAGUGCGUGAGAAAACAGUUUAAGGACAAUGUGCCUCAAGGUACAAUUGCAAGGAAUUUAGGGAUUUCAUCAUCUACGGUCCAUAAUAUCAUCAAAAGGUUCAGAGAAUCUGGAGAAAUCGGUGCAUUUAAGCGGCAAGACCAAAAACCAACAUUGAAUGCACGUGACCUUCGAUCCCUCAGGUGGCACUGCAUCAAAAACUGACAUCAAUGUGUAAAGGAUAUCACCACAUGGGAUCAGGAACACUUCAGAAAACCAAUGUCAAUAAAUACAGUUCGGCGCUACAUCCGUAAGUGCCACUUGAAACUCUACUAUGCAAAGCAAAAACCAUUUGUCAACAACACCCAGAAAUGCCGCCGGCUUCUCUGGGCCCAAGCUCUUCUAAGAUGUACCGAUGAAAAGUGGAAAAGUGUUCUGUGGUCCGACGAGUCCAUAUUUCAAAUUGGCAUGGGUAACUUACACAUCUGUGAAGGCACCAUUAAUGCUGAAAGGUUCAUACAGGUUUUGGAGAAACAUAUGCUGCCAUCCAAGCAACUUCUUUUUCAUGGACGCCCCUGCUUAUUUCAGCAAGACAAUGCCAAACCACAUUCUGCAUGUGUUACAACAGCAUGGCUUCGUGGCAAAAGAGUGCGGACACAAGACUGGCCUGCCUGCAGUCCAGACCUGUCUCCCAUUGAAAAUGUGUGGCGCAUUCUGAAGCGUAAAAUACGACAACGGAGACCCCGGACUUGAACAGCUGAAGCUGUACAUCAAGCAAGAAUGGGAAAGAAAUCCACCUACAAAGCUUCAACAAUUAGUGUCCUCAGUUCCCAAACAUUUAUUGAAUGUUGUUAAAAGAAAAGGUGAUGUAACACAGUGGUAAACAUGACCCUGUCCCAUCUUUUUUGGAACGUGUUGCAGCCAUAAAAUUCUAAGUUAAUAAUUAUUUGCUAAAAACAAUCAAGUUUAUCAGUUUGAACAUUAAAUAUCUUGUCUUUGUAGUGUGUUCAAUUAAAUAUAGGUUGAACAUGAUUUGCAAAUCAUUGUAUUCUGUUUUUAUUUAUGUUUAACAUUUCAUUGGAAUUGGGGUUAUACAUUCACAUAAUUUAGAAUACACACUUAUGCUGGAUUUCAAAUAGCUGGGUGUAGGACGAAAUAUGUAAACAAAAAUAAAAAACCAUGUUGGAUAUCUUGGUAACGUGACUUAAGCAGACAUGGCGGAGGACAGUGAAAUGUUAAAUAAAGAGCAGGAGGAGGCAUCUCAACCUACACAAAAUGAGGAAGAUGAACUUGCUUUUGUGUUUUUGUCUUAGAUAGUAUGUCUCCAAUUUUGGAGGAAAUCUGAAAUUCCCUAAAAAUUAAUAAGCUUCGCUAAAAAUGUGCAACUUUUUUUUUUAACAUGGAUAUCUCUGAAUUAACAUCACCUUGCAGUCUUUUGCUACUUGUGUCAUUUCCAAAUAAAAGAUGCAAAUUACUCAAAUAAAAUUCACUACAUACAG